CAUCUCCGGCUCCGCUGCCGGCUACGACGGCUCGGCCGUGCCGGCUGCUUACUUCAAGUGAGGCGCUCAUCGCAGGAUGCGCAUUCGCAGACCGCGCUCCGCACGGAUUACACACUCGCGCUCGUACACGACAUGCCAGCUCGGCUGCAGCACUUGACGGAACGCUACUGACGUCUCCCCCAUCCGCGACCAAAGAGUGUGCGCGCGGUUACCGCGGGACGAGUGUGUUUUCAGGCAUGACGACCCGGAGGCUCCGUCGACUCUUGCUGCUCGUGUUGUUCGUGUUCGUCCACUCGGCGGCAGACGCCCAGCGCAUGCAGUUCGACCAGGGACGGCGCAGCAAAUGUGAACGCAUCACUAUUCCAAUGUGCCAGGACAUGCCGUACAACUUAACGCGCAUGCCGAAUCUCAUGGGCCACACGGACCAGAGCCAGGCGGCCAUACAGGUGCACGAGUUUGUGCCACUCGUCGAAAUCGGCUGCUCGAAGCAUCUGAAGUUCUUCCUGUGUUCCCUCUACGCUCCGAUGUGCACAGAGCAGGUGGACACGCCGAUACCGUCGUGUCAGUCCAUCUGUGAAGAGGUGAAGUCCAAGUGCCUUCCACUGCUAGCACAGUUCAACUUCAACUGGCCUCAAGCACUGAACUGCAGCAGACUUCCUGUGCCCGAAAAGAACGGCUUGUGUAUGGAGUUCCCGCCCGGUGCCGACGAGCGCUACUCCAAGUAUCUGCUUGAGAAGACCGAGCCCAGCAAACUGUCUCCGCACAGCAAGCUUCUGAACUUACCGUUGCCUCAUGCCUUCCCGCCAUUCAAGAAGUUUCAGAACGGUCGCUUCUUCGACACCUUCUCCACCGAGUCAUCGGCUGGAGGCCGUUCGUCGAAGAACUGCCCCGAAACCAUGGUCGACCUGCCGGGCCGAAACGUAGACCGGUGCAUCCCGCGCUGCGGCUGGGACUUUCUCUUCACUCGCAACGACAAGAACUUCGCCGAGAUCUGGAUGGGCAUCUGGGCCGCCGUGUGUUUCAUGGCGACCAUCUUCACCGUGUCGACCUUCUGGAUCAACCCGACGCGAUUCCGCUACCCCGAACGACCCAUCAUAUUCCUGAGCCUGUGCUGCUGCUUCAGCAGCGUCGCCUACCUCUUCCGCAUCUUCGCCGGCUCCGAGUUGGUCUCGUGCAACAAGUCCGAAGGCGUCGAGUCCCACCUCAUCGUCGAAGGCAUCGACCGCUGGGGCUGCAUCGUCGUAUUCCUGCUCCUCUACUACUUCGGCAUGGCCGCCGCGUUUUGGUGGCUCGUGCUCACACUCUCGUGGUACCUGGCCGCGGGCAAGCAGUGGGGUCACGAGGCGAUCGAGUCGCUGGCGAGCUACUUCCACCUCAUGUGCUGGGCCGUGCCGGGCGUGCUCAGCAUUGUCGUAAUUGCUCUGCGACACGUGGACGGCGAUGAGCUGACCGGCCUGUGCUUCGUGGGCAACCAGAGCCGCGACGCGCUGCUCAGCUUCGUCAUCGCGCCUCUGGGGUUCGUGCUUAGCCUGGGCGGCCUGCUCAUCCUUCUGGGCUUCGUGUCGCUGCUCAGGAUACGCAGGCUCAUGAAGGAGGGCGGCCGCAACACGAGCAAGCUCGAGCGGCUCAUGGUGCGCAUCGGACUCUUCUCCGUGCUGUCGACGGUUCCCGCGCUGACGCUGCUGGCCUGCCUGCUGUACGAGUACCACCAGAUGCCCGCGUGGAAGGCCCAAGCGACGGCCAACGUCGUCGAGUGCCUCGCCAAGCGGGGCGACUCCUCGGCUCCGUGCCGGCUCCAGGACAGCAUUCCGCUCGAAGAGGUGUUCAUGCUCAAGAUCUUCAUGUCGCUCCUCGUGGGCAUCACCACGGGGGUGUGGAUCUGGAGCAACAAAACGUGGACUGCGUGGGGCAAGCUGUGCGCGUCGCGCUUCGGUCGCCGCGCGUCUCGCAGCGGCAGCAGAGUGCAGUACACCAAGCCUCCGCUGCCGGCAAGCCUGCCGUCGCCGCAGCAUCACCACCAGUUUCACCCUCUGAACACGUCAUCCGUGGGCAGGACUAAGAGCCACUCGCACAGGAAAGCGCUGACUCAUGUGACAAUGGUGUGAAUGUGACUCCUCCAUCUGUAUAUAAGACUUGUACAUACGGAGAACUUGUACAUAGUGAUUGGCGUUCGAGUGUGGCGAACACAUCAGCGAUGUGUAAAUGAAUAGCGUUGAAUAAUAUUUAUUUUUUUC